CAAUUUCCAAACCUGAUGUGAUCUCGCAGCUGGAACGAGGGGAAGAGCCAUGGGUCCCGGACCUCCAGGGCUCUGAGACAGAAGUGCUCCCAAGAGCUUCCUGCACAGGUGAUGGGAUGGUGACUGAGAAUGAGGAGGAGACACCCGAGCAGGAAGAUGCUGAGGAAGUAGAACCACAUGGAACGUUAUCAAGAAGAUCCAAAGGGAAUGGUUCCAGGAGUUGUGCACUCCCAGAAAUCGAGAGAGCCUGUGAGACUGAGCAGAGGCCAGAGGAAAACUUCAGUAGCCACUCAGACCUUAUUACAUUUGAGAGAAUCAACUUGGAAGAGACACGGUACACAUGCCAUGAGAGUGGGAAAAGCUUUAAUCGGAGCUCAGACCUUCUCACACAUCAGAGAACCCACACAGGAGAGAAACCCUACAUGUGCUCUGAGUGUGGGAAAAGCUUCAAUCAGAGCUCAAACUUUAUCACGCAUCAGAGAACCCACACAGGAGAGAAAACUUAUGGAUGCUCUGAGUGCGGGAAACACUUCGUUGACAGUUCAACCCUCGUCUCACAUCAGCGAAUCCACACAGGAGAGAGACGCCACAUAUGCUCUGAGUGUGGGAAAAGCUUUAGUCGGCAUUCACACCUUAUCACACAUCAGAGAAUCCACACAGGAGAGACGCCCUACACGUGCUCUGAGUGCGGGAAAAGCUUCAAUCAGAGCUCGACCCUGAUCACGCAUCGUAGAAUCCACACAGGAGAGACGCGCUACAUGUGCUAUGAGUGCGGGAAAAGAUUCAGUCAGUUGUCUGCCCUGAUCACACAUCAGAGAAUCCACAGAGGAGAGAUGCCCUACACGUGCUCUGAGUGUGGAAAAGACUUCAAUUACAGCUCUGCCCUGAUCACACAUCAGCGAAUCCACACAGGAGAGAGACCCUACACAUGCGCUGAGUGCGGGAAAACCUUCAAUCGGAGCUCAAACCUUAUCUCACAUCAGAGAAUCCAUACAGGAGAGAAGCCUUACACGUGCUCUGAGUGUGGGAAAAGCUUCAAUCAGAGCUCGACCCUUAUCAUACAUCGUAGAAUCCACACAGGAGAGACUCCCUACACGUGCUCUGAGUGUGGGAAAAGUUUCAAUCAGAGCUCGACCCUUAUCACCCAUCGUAGAAUCCACACAGGGGAGAUGCCCUACACAUGCUCUGAGUGCGGGAAAAGCUUCAAUCAGAGGUCUGCCCUGAUCACACAUCAGAGAAUCCACACAGGAGAGAUGCCCUACACCUGCUCUGAGUGUGGGAAAAGCUUCAAUCGCAGCUCUGCCCUGAUCACACAUCAGCGACUCCACACAGGAGAGAGGCCCUACACAUGCGCUGAGUGCGGGAAAAGCUUCAAUCAGAGCUCAAACCUUAUCUCACAUCAGAGAAUCCACACCGGAGAGAAGCCUUACACGUGCUCUGAGUGUGGGAAAAGCUUCAAAAAUAGCUCACACCUUAUUAGACAUCAGAAAAUCCACAUGAGACAGAACUGUAACAAAUGCCUUGAUUAGGGCUGGGCAAAGAUUAUUUUUUUAAAUCACAUUUUCUGUUUCUCAUAGUGAUCUGUGCACCAUGGUCUCUCAGCUCCCCCAGAUUAGUUGCCUGCUUCUGCCUUUUGCAGCUCACCCUUCUUUGGGAUCAGUCCUGUGAUAUUUUCUAUCAACUCCUUUCCUUUUGAGUUGUAGCAGUGUGUAUCCCUCCAACCAGGAAUGUUCAUCAGCUCCCGGAAGGAGAGAGAGGUUUCAUUCACAACAAUGUACACUGAGAUAAUGUACACUGUGCCUUACAUCCACUAGGACUGUACAUGGCAUUGGCUGCUCAAGUGAGUGAUCUUGGUGUGAAAAGACAAGUAUAGUGGUAGAGCAGAGGCAGCCCAGGUGCAGUGGUUGUCAUUGGCUUUCCCCUUGACCUGACCUAAACUCUAUCACUUUUCCUAGUCUAAACAAACCCUGAGCAUCAUGAUUAUACUGUUCCCUCAUUUCAAAGCAAUUGUUACUCAUCAAGUUCCCCCUUCAGUAACAAAUGGUUUCAUUCCCAGUUGCUCUGUUGUUGCUUCAGGUUGUUAGAGAGCAGAUAUUUUUACUACCAUUUUCCUCCCUUAAAAUAUAUUAAACUAUAAAAAAGAUCAGGGAUAGGGAAAAAUGUCAUUUCCCCUCUGUAACAACAGAAGAAGAUAGGGUAAAUCAGAGGGAUUCCCUUAUUCCCCAUCACCAUCCCAAUCACCCCUGUUGUUUAAUUGGUUAUGUCAGUAUUUUUUCUAAAGGGCUGGGAAGCGGAUUCCCUAGUAAAUCAUAGAAUAUCAGGGUUGGAAGGGACCUCAGGAGGUCAUCUAGUCCAACCCCCUGCUUAAAGCAGGACCAAAUGAUUUGGAACUAAGCAAAAUACCCAUGCAUUUGGCUCCCAAAGCAGUUCUGUCCAGGUUGUGAAAGAGGUCACUCCUGAAGAUACCUGCUUCCUAAUCAGGUGCAUGUUGCCUAUUAUUUGGGAAAUAGAAUACCUAUCUAGGUAGAGAUGGGGAAAAUGGAAGUGACAUUCCUGUUCCGCUCACCCCUGGGAGAUGCUGCAAACGUGUAGAAAAUGAAAUCCAUGUGGAAUGGGAUAUACCUGCAGAAAGAUACCUAUUGUUAAUAGAUACCUGACAUUUGGUGUCUUACAGGGAUUCUAAGCAGCACCUGAAUUUAGUCCCUAAAUUAAAUCUGUGCCACCAGAUUAAAGGAAUAAAAGGGCAUAUUUGGGGGAGUUAUACCUCACUAUCGCUACUGAUAUGUUGUGUGGUUGGUGAUGAAUUCUACGCCAGAGAAGAGUAAAAUUACUCCAAGUAAGGUCAAGGAUUUCACAAGAACUCACGUAGAAAUUGCAGGUACUGGUGGUUGAUUUUCACCCCAGAGUUGGAAGCUAUGGUGACCUGUGGCCCAGGUAAACUAUUUUUAGGUCCCUGCUUCCUUGUUAAGUGGCAUUGAUCACACUCCUAAACAAUGCCAUGAUUACAUUGGGCACAACUCUGUUUUACCAUUUGGAUCCAAAGUUUCAUGAAGCAGAGAAAGAAAGAGCUGAUUCCUUCAGAGCCAUUCCAUGCCUAUGGGUCCCAAUCUGGCUGCCUUGUUGGACAAGAAGCACUUCUAUGCUGGGCAAAUGAUGGUAGCCAAUGAGGGAAUAUAUCAAAUUCCAAAUUCAAAUUGUAGGAUAUAUGAAUGCUAAGUCCAGAGUCUGUAGUUUGGUCUCUUAGUUUUGCUAUUAAGUCUAAUGCAUUUGUAUCACUUCUUCUCCUGCUGCUACUUUGAAAGAUUAGAAAGUGUAAAAAUACAGCACAGGUGGUUUUUCCUCGUGAUGCGAUCUUCCUGCGUAGUGUGAGACCCCUUCCACCCACACUUAUGGGAGAAGAUCCAGGGAGAAAUGAACUCUCAGAAAUGGAAGGCGGCUCCUAGCUUAUGGUAGAAUGUGACUUCACACAGAGCUCACUGGGUGGAAAUGGGAAUCAAGAGAAAGCUGCCCUAUAGGUUUAUAUUUUGUAAUCUUUGAAUAAGUUGUUACCAGCAACAAUGAAAUUUAACAUGAAGUUAAUCAGUGUAAUGUAAGAGGCUGAUCAUGUGAUAACUUGCAGUGUUACAACAGAAUUCACGUUUUCUUAUAGAAUCAUAGAAUAUCAGGGUUGGAAGGGACCCCAGAAGGUCAUCUAGUCCAACCCCCUGCUCGAAGCAGGACCAAUUCCCAGUUAAAUCAUCCCAGCCAGGGCUUUGUCAAGCCUGACCUUAAAAACCUCUAAGGAAGGAGAUUCUACCACCUCCCUAGGUAACGCAUUCCAGUGUUUCACCACCCUCUUAGUGAAAAAGCUUUUCCUAAUAUCCAACCUAAACCUCCCCCACUGCAACUUGAGACCAUUACUCCUCGUUCUGUCAUCUGCUACCAUUGAGAACAGUCUAGAGCCAUCCUCUUUGGAACCCCCUUUCAGGUAGUUGAAAGCAGCUAUCAAAUCCCCCCUCAUUCUUCUCUUCUGCAGGCUAAACAAUCCCAGCUCCCUCAGCCUCUCCUCAUAACUCAUGUGUUCCAGUCCCCUAAUCAUUUUUGUUGCCCUUCGCUGGACUCUCUCCAAAUUAUCCACAUCCUUCUUGAAGUGUGGGGCCCAAAACUGGACACAGUACUCCAGAUGAGGCCUCACUAAUGUCGAAUAGAGGGGAACGAUCACGUCCCUCGAUCUGCUCGCUAUGCCCCUACUUAUACAUUCCAAAAUGCCAUUGGCCUUCUUGGCAACAAGGGCACACUGCUGACUCAUAUCCAGCUUCUCGUCCACUGUCACCCCUAGGUCCUUUUCCGCAGAACUGCUGCCUAGCCAUUCGGUCCCUAGUCUGUAGCUGUGCAUUAGGUUCUUCCGUCCUAAGUGCAGGACCCUGCACUUAUCCUUAUUGAACCUCAUCAGAUUUCUUUUGGCCCAAUCCUCCAAUUUGUCUAGGUCCUUCUGUAUCCUAUCCCUCCCCUCCAGCAUAUCUACCACUCCUCCCAGUUUAGUAUCAUCCGCAAAUUUGCUGAGAGUGCAAUCCACACCAUCCUCCAGAUCAGAAGGUUCCUCCAGAACCUUCUUCUAGUUCUCUCCCUGCCCCCUCCUACUACAUAGGAAAUGGUGGCUAAUCCUGAAAUUAAAACCUCACUCCAAAGGAAUUAGAGUGGGGGAAUAUGUGAGAGAAAUAGCAUGCAUGAGAAUAGAGUCCCAGUAUAGACUGUAAUUAUUUCUAUUUAAAAUGGAAUUUAUUAUAAUAAAUUUUAAAAUAAAUUUUCCCUGAAGAGGAAAAUUACUUGAGACAAGAUGUGUAGCCUUUUACCCAGUUAGAGGGUAACAGCCACAGAGUUCCCCAGGGCUCUUGUUUGCAAAGCAAAGAAGUGACAUCAGGCAGGAGAUGUCAAGAUCUAAACUGGUGAUGGGCGUGUGAUGGGAGAUUUUCUGGGUUAUUUUUUUGGUUUGUUUUUUUAAUUUAAUUUUAAUUUUGCAACCAGUUACUUUUAUAGGUGCUGAAGACCCUUUUCCUUUUGAGAACAGCUAUUUAACCAUCAGGCCUGGCUCUGGAAACCUCCCCAAAGCUGGCCUUGUGUGUCUUUUCUGUUUGAUAUCUUUGGGGUUCACACAUCCACACUAAGUGCGGUUCACAGCAAUGGAUACUUUGAGAAACCUGCUGGGUGAAGCAGGCCUUUUCCAAAACGACAUUGGCCGAAAGUCUGCCUCAAUUCAGCUGGAUUGGAACAGGUCUGUAUCAAAGGAGUGGUGCACACCUGAUUUGCCCAGAGACCUUGGGGGAGGUGUGGUAAGAUAGGGUAAGUAGGAAUCGACACCAAAAAAGUUAAAUGUAAGGGUGAAAGAACUUCACCUUGCAGAUCAACAAGCCUGUUCUUUUCAUUCCCACUGAAGCAUCUGGCACUGGUCACUCUCAGGGAACACACUGGGCUAGAUGACCAUUGGUCUGACCCAGUAUGGCCAGUCUUGCGUUCUUAUGUAAGCCACAUAGGGCCUUGUCUACACUGGCAAGUUUCUGCGCAGUAAAGUAGCUUUCUGCAGUGUAACUCCCAAGGUGUACACACAGCCAAGCCACUUAGUGCACAGAAACUGCAAUUGCAGCUCUGUAAAAAAAAAAAAAAAAAAGCCACCCCGUUGAGAGGCGUAGAGCUUUCUGUGCCAGGACUACAGCGCCGCGGUGCAAGUGUAGACACGCUGGUCGAUCACAGCGCUGCGAUUGGCCUCCGGAAGGUGUCCCACAAUCCCUGUUCUCGCCUCUCUGGUCAUCGGUUUGAACUCGACUGCACUGACCGCAGGCGACCAACUGUGAACCCCACCCCUUAAAUUCCUUGGGAAUUUUGAAAGUCCCCUUCCUGUUUGCUCGGUGACACAUGCAGUGGUCUCAGUGCAUCUUUCCAGGUGACCUUGCUUGGAGCAAUGCCGAGCUGCUGGGCCUCAUCAGCAUUUGGGGAGAGGAGGCUGUCCCCUUCCAGCUAUGCUCUAGUUGUAGGAAUUAUACUGAUGGACAGAUUUCACGAUGCAUGAGAGAAAGGGGCCAUGACCGGGACACACUGCAAUGCAGGGUCAAAGUGAAGGAGCUGUGGAACGCCUACUCCAUGGCAUGGGAGGCAAACCGCCGCUCCGGUGCUGCACCCAUGAGCUCCUGGUUCUACAAAGAGCAGGAUGUGAUAAUCAGUGGUGACCCGCCCUCCACUGUGAAGGCCACUGUGGAUACUUCAGUGGCUCACAUGCCAGUCGAGAGUGGACCAAGCCAGGAGGAGGAAAUCCUGGAUAAGGAUGUGGAAGCGGAGGGAUCCCCAGAGGAAGAGGAUGAGUCAGAGGUCAGAUAUGCAUGCAGCCAGGAGCUCUUCUGUGCCCCGGAGAAGGAGAGCCAGCCACAGCUGUCAGAGCUUGGUGAAGCGCAAACAGGAGAGGAGGCCCCUGAUAUGCCCUUGGGAGCCAGCCUCCCUCUUUGUUAUCACUGGAAAAACAGCUGCUGAGAAUUAGAAAGCGGCCAUGAAGAACUAAAGAGAACUUUCUGCAUGAGGUCAUGAUGCACUCCGCGGCUGAAAAACAAGAAUUAAAGGAGUGGCCGGACAGCGAGAAGAGGGACGUAAAGGAGAAUGGUGCGCCAGAACGAAGCCAUGGAGGGGCUCUUAAACGUUAAGGAGCGCCAAGCAGACUCACUCCUGGUGCUACUAGCACUGCAAACCGAACAGCUCCGUGAUUGCCCUCCCCUGCAUCCGCAUCCCCAGACGUGCAUCCCCCAGACACCGCCAACAGACUCUUAGCAACCUCCUGGCUCCAGUCUGUACCCGCUGCCUUCCACUCCUGCCCCAUCCCAGUCCAGCCCUGCGGACGCCCAGUACCCACUGCACUCAACACCCGUCCCUCUGUAUUCCUGAUGAAGUACGGUACCCCCUGCACUGUACUCCAAAGAAUAAGGUUGCAUAUGAUACCUGGGCAUACACAAAUCUUUAACCGUCCCUGGACCCCACCUCCUCAUGGGACCCUCCCUUCCCCCAUCCCCCACAGUGCUGAUGUGGUGGUGUUGUUUUUCCCUCUCCUCCGGUGGUUGCUUUUUAAUAAAAGAAUAGUUUUGGUUUGAAA